GAGGCCGGGCCGUGGGGCACGGUGGGCCCCGAGCGCGUGCGGUCGCCCGGCCCGCGGGCGGCGCACCUGCAGGAGGCGCGGGGCGGCGCCGGCGGCGGCAGCCUUCGCUCGUCGGCCGCGCCGCGGCCGCGGCCGUCGGGGGCUUCGGGCGCGUGCGCCGCGGGCGGCGCGGGCUUCCGGGACAGGCUCGAGGCGCUGGCGGCCACGCACGACCUGGAGGUGGCGGACCUGCGGGGCGAGGUGGUGGACCUGCGGGGAGGGGUCAUCGUCUUGCAGAACCAGGUGGAGCAGUACAGGUCGCUCCUCCACAGGGCGCAGGACAGUUUCGGGCGGAUCUGUGGGGAGCUCCCGUCGGCUGCGGGCGAAUGGCCUGCCGUGUCUGACCUGAUGCAGGAGAUCGCCAGCGAGAUGGCGGGCGAGAUGCAGGACGUUUGGGGCAAUGCUGCCGACGGCACGCCGAAGGCAUCGUGCUGCCCCUCGCAGGUUGGCGUCGUCGCAACGACGCCCGCGCGCAGCGCCACCCAGAAGCGGGCAACCGCCGUGGCCCUGAACAGCAAGUUGAACAAGGCGACGUCGAGGCAGGUGUCAGCAGUCAUGCCGCCCGCAGCUCGAAGGGCUCUGACGCGCAACCUCUACCAGCAGCAGAAGAAGAUCAAGGGCUCCUCGGUAAAUCUGGACGGGACCUACCUGCAGCGUUUUGUUGGCCACUGUUCGUUCGACUUGGUUUGCGCCUGCAUGAUAAUCACAAAUUCUAUCAUCAUCGGCGUUGAGGUCCAGUGGCUGACUACGCACGAGACAGAGCUGGCGGCGACCAAAAUCUUGGGCCUGCUGUGCAGCUGCUUCUUCUUCAUCGAGCUGGUGCUCCGCAUCGUCGCUGAUGGCAUGCGACACUUCUUCGUCCUCUCCGACAACAGAAACUGGAACUGGUUCGACUGUGUUCUUGUGGUGAUGUCGGUCUUCGACGGCGUGUCGCUGGCGGACGCUGGUGUAGCGGCCUCCACCGUCGGGGCGGGCGCGGGCUUCAAGACCAUCAAGAUAUUGAGGAUUGUCCGCGUUGUGCGGGUAUUCCGCUUCUUUAGCAAGCUCAGCCAGCUGGCGUUCAUGAUCAUAGAUUCUGUCAAGUCGUUGAUGUGGGCCCUCGUCCUGUUGGGACUCGUCAUUUACGUGUUCGCCAUCUUCUUCACGCACUACACCACCGAGCACAUCAGGCGCCAGGGGAAGGGUAACACGUCCAUCCAUAUCGAUGAGCACUUCGGCAACCUGUGGUUGACUCUGUUCACCCUAUUCCACACCAUGCUCAACGGCAUCAGCUGGUACACUCUACCGUCCGCGCUGUACACCAUCCCUGGUUGGACAGGUCCGUUCUUGGCAUUCGGAUUUGUAUGCUAUCUGUCGUUCACCAUGCUCGUCGUGAUGAAUAUCAUUACUGGUGUGUUUGUGGACAACGCAGUGCAGACGGCUGGCACGCAGCGGGAGUUUCUGGUGCAGAAAGAGAUGGAGGUCAAGGAGCAGUGGCGCAGCGAGAUGCGCAGCAUCUUCCUGGAGAUGGACGCCGAUCGCUCCGGGACGGUGAGCAGGGAGGAGGUGUCGGACUUCUGCAACCACGAGCGCGUGCAGCACUACCUCACCGCGCUCGGGCUGGACGUGCACGACACGGAGCGGCUGUUCGAGCUCCUCGACGUGAACCACGACGGCGAGCUCGACGUGGACGAGUUCCUGGACGGGUGCCUGCGCCUCAAGGGCGUGGCCCGCAGCAUCGACGUCUGCAGCCUCAUCCACCAGUCGCGCCUGCUGUGCCGGCGCGUCGACGGCAUCGACUCCACGCUGCGCACGCACCUGGGCAGCGCCAGGCACCCCCGGCGCACCCUCCGCAGCCCGAGCAGGGCGGAGCGGCCGCCCUCGGCCCGGUCGGACCCCGCCGGCUUGGCGCAGCAGCGUUAG